AUGCUGCGAUUAAGAACUUUUUUGCUUGCUCUGGUUGUGUUUUUAGCAACAUGGACUGCCUCGAAUGGUCAGAUUCAUCCACCGUCACCCUCACCAACCACAACCACGGCAGCAACAAAGGGCAGUUUCUGGCAGGGUUUUCUGGCUGCUCUGUCCGUCGUGAUUGUGUCAGAACUUGGAGAUAAGACGUUCUUCAUAGCUGCCAUCAUGGCUAUGAAGCACCCAAGGGUUAUAGUAUUCGCUGGUGCUAUAUCAGCACUGGUAUUCAUGACGGUGCUAUCAGCAGCAUUCGGCUGGAUAGCGACAGUCAUACCCCGAAUAUACACUCAUUAUAUAAGCGCAGCCCUAUUCGCUAUAUUCGGCUUGAAGAUGUUGAGGGACGGAUGGAAGAUGGACCCGAAUGAAGGGCAGGAGGAAUUGGAUGAGGUCCAGAGCGAAUUGAAGAGGAGAGAGGAUCAGGCCCCCAAAAAAGAGCCUUCGCCCGAAGAUGGUACGGCAUCAGAAAGGUCCCAAAGCCCGGGGCCCUCUAGGAGCCCCGAAGUAGAGGCCUCCGGGCCCCCAGUGGUGGCCGUGGAGCCUAAAGCGGGCCCCUCGGCAAAAACCGAAUCGUUGAGGGAGGAUAAAGAAGAAACUGUAGAUAUGUUGGAGCAGGGUCAAGCUGAGAAUAGAAGGAAGAGAAGGAAUGCUAUAUUGAAGAUUCUUCUACAAGCUGCUAGUUUGACGUUCUUAGCUGAAUGGGGCGAUAGGUCCCAAUUAGCGACUGUGGUGUUAGCAUCAAGGGAAGACGCGGUAGGAGUGGUUGUGGGGGGCUCCCUAGGUCACGCUCUAUGUACCGGACUAGCUGUUAUAGGGGGGAGAAUGGUUGCGCAGAAGAUAUCAGUCAGAACUGUUACAAUAAUCGGUGGUCUAGUGUUCCUGUUCUUCGCAGUCGGUGCCCUCAUCAUGGGUCCCGGUGAAUGA